UUGUCCUCGCCGUCGCCGCCUCACAGUCUCCACUGUCCAGCUACCACCGCCGUCUCAACAAUUGUCAGGGGUGUACAGCUGCCGCCGCCGCCAUUGUGGAGCAAAGCUUCACCAUUGUCGGGGAACGGGCUGAGAGAAGAUAUCCGAAGGAGAGGAAGGAAUCGGGAGAUCGAGGCCUCGAUUGUAAUCUCACCGUCGCCGCCGCUUUCAGCUACCGCUGAAAUCAUCUCCUCAUUACCGGUCCACCGUUACUGCUGCCUUCUCGUGAUUGUCCUUGCGGAACUGCCAGACCGUCCACUCCCGUUUGGAACCAGAAGAGGCCAAGUGAAGUUGCUGAGCUUCUUCCACUAA